AUGGACAAGACUAAGUUUGGAUCAUCUCAUGGAUCUACCUUCAGUGACGGAUCUAGUUUAGAAGUUGGUCAGUACUUUACAAGUAAGAAUGAUUUGAAGGAAAAGCUGCAUUUAAUAGCUUUGAAAGGGAAGUUUGAGUUUCAAACAACAAAAUCAAAUAAAGACGUGCUUGUAGUAGAGUGUGUGGAUCCGAAAUGUGUGUGGCGUAUCCGAGCCUGCAAACUGAGACUGUCGAACAUGUUUGUAAUCCGCAAGUAUAAUGGUGUUCACUCUUGCUCGUUAGAAAAGCGUUCAGCAAAGCACAGGCAAGCAACGUACUCCGUUAUUGGAAGUUGCAUGAAAAACCAAUUUAUAGGCGUGAAACAGGGUCCGGUUCCGAAAUCAAUUCAGAAAUAUACCCGUAACGAAUUCGGGACGGACUUCAGUUAUUAUAAAGGAUGGAAGGCUCGUGAGCAUGCACUUCAACUCGUAAGAGGUUUUGGUUGCAUGAGGAAAGUUAUCAGUGUUGAUGGAACGUGGUUGAAGGGAAAAUUCAGAGGUACGUUGUUAGUUGCCACUGCACAGGAUAGUGAACGUCAUUGUUAUCUAAUCGCAUGGGCCAUUGUAGACUCAGAGAAUGAUGCAUCCUGGACAUGGUUCUUCUCGAACUUGAAGGUGAUUAUCACUGAUUCUGAGGAAUUAGUAUUUAUUUCUGAUAGGAAUCAAAGUAUAAGUAAUGCAUUAUCUACAGUUUAUUCAUUAGCACAUCACGGUUAUUGCACAUGGCAUGUGUCUCAAAACAUCAAGAGUAAUUUCAGAUGUAGCAGUGUUCUGCCAUUGUUCUUUAAAACCACUGAGGCCUACCGCAUUGACGAGUUUUCUGUCUUGUUUGAUGAGUUGUUUGUAAGAUAUCCCAGUGUUGCUAGAUACCUACAGGAGGAAGUUUGUUUUGAAAUGUGGUCUCGUGCUCAUUUUAAAGGAAAUCGAUAUAAUAUUAUGACCACAAACAUGUCUGAGUCAGUUAAUGCAAUGCUCAAAGAUGUUCGAGAUUACCCUGUCAUUGCCCUCUUUAAUUUUAUACAAGCGAAGAUGUCAGAGUGGUUUAAUAACAGGCGGGUUGAAGCUUCUAAAACUAAAACAUUAUUAAAGCCAAGUGUGGAAAAAACUCUUCGUGAGAGGCACAACAAAGCGGGAUUUCUAACGGCCACAAGACUUAAUACUGUUGAGUUCCAAGUGACAGGUGGAGAGGCCACUGCAAUUGUCAACAUUGGAGCGAGGAGUUGCACUUGUCGUGUGUUCGACCUUGAGCAGAUACCAUGCGAGCAUGCAAUAUCAUGUUGUAGAGAAGCAGGAAUAUCUCUUCAUGAUUUAUGCUCAAAAUACUACAGGACAGAAGUUUGGGCUCUUGCGUAUGCUGAGACAAUCUAUCCUGUGCCGGAUACUUCGCAAUGGGAUAUUCCGAAUCACGUAAAGGAAGUUCGCCUCUUUUCCACCGCGAGUUGUACCAAAGAAGGGUAG